AUGCGAAACACAGCGGCCAACCCAUCCUCAAGUAGUAAGGAUAACAGCUAUGUAUUCGAACAACAAAACGAUGUGCGAAUGGAUGAGCUAGGCUCCAAACUCUCGGCUCUCAAGAAUAUUACAAUUGACAUGCACAACGACGUGAACAACCAGGAUAGCGUCUUGGAAGACUCGCAUCAAGCCUUUGGUGGUUUAGGAAACUCUAUGCGACAAUCGUAUGGCCGGAUGAAUCGUAUGAUUUCGACACGACAUAAGCGACAAAUGUGCUUUUACGUAGCAAUAGCAGUAACAUUGUUCUUUGUAUUUUAUUGGGCAUCAGGGUGGAUUGGAUCAUCCGAUGAAAAAGAGGUCCAUGAUGCGAUAUAA